AUCGUGUGGUCCAGGUGUUAAAGUAUUUAUGUCCAAUGCUGCUCGGACAGACGUACACGCGUCUGCACGUUUGCGAGAUCAUCAACAACCAGCCGUGUUGUCCGCCACAACAAGUGAAUCGUCACGUAAACGAUCUGUUCGAGGACCUGCGCGAUGGACUCAACCUCAUUUCGCUGCUGGAGGUGCUUUCUGGCGAACACCUCCCGCGCGAAAGAGGUCGUAUGCGUUUCCACAUGCUGCAGAACGUUCAGAUGGCCCUCGACUUCCUCCGCUACAAGAAGAUCAAGUUGGUGAACAUACGCGCCGAGGACAUUGUCGACGGGAACCCUAAGCUGACACUCGGCCUUAUAUGGACCAUCAUUCUGCACUUCCAGGUUAGUGGCUGUUUGGUUUUCGUUCCUUUGUCGAGAU